AUGGAGAGAGGGAGAGGGAGAGGGAAAAAGAAGGAAUGUAUAGAUGAAGGGAUAGAGAAAGAGAAAAGGAAGAAGAGAGAAUCGGAACCUCCCGAAGUCAGUAAGAGGAGGAGGAAGAGGAGGAGAAGAGAAGAGCAGAUGAAAGAAAGAAUGGAUGAUUGGGAUUGGAUGGUUCGAGCAGAAGAAUCCGGAGUAAGUUUAGAGGCGAGGGGAGAUAACGAGAGACGGAGGCGGCGAUGGGGCGAGUGGAGCAGUCGAAAUCAUACAACAGAAGAUAAUCAAAAGAAAAUAGCAACAAGAGGAAGAAGAAUAGUAGACAAUUGGACUGGUGAAAGCGACCGCAGACGGAUAGUGGAACUGGUAGAUUUCCAAGUUUUCUUCCGCCUAUCUUUUGUUGUCGCUGCUGCUGCUGCUGCUGCUUCUGUCUGGCCCUGGCAUCCCUUUUGGUUACUUUCCGACACUCUUGUAGAGAGCAAAGAAAAGGCAGCAGUCAGACCGAAGAGGGAGAGGAGAAGAAGUCAUUUUAGCGUCCGCUGCUUAUCCGCUGAAUUUGCCCCAGCUCAGUCUGAUGAUCACCGUUGGAAAAAAGCAGGCCUUGAUGUAAUAAGUCUCAGUCUAUUCAGGAGGGUUUUCAAUCCAUGUGAUACAGAUGAUGAUUACCUAUUGAUUGACUAG